GUUUGCUUAUGUAUUACGAGCAGGACCACUCCUACAUUGGCGAGCAACAGACCUUGCUCCUUCCUCGAUGGAUCCAUCAGCAGCGUCAGAUCAUGCAGCAGACCCAGGAAACAGAGGCCAAGAUGAUGUGGAUGCGCCAACAACAACAGCUGUCCAUGUAUCAGUCCUUUCACCAGCAGCUUUUGUUCCCUUUCCAGUCCAUGGAUUCCCAGUCAAUGGCAACUGAUGCUCAUAACUCUUACCACCGCUACAGCCCUUCCUUCUCCUCGACGGCUUCUAAUGCAUCAUCGACUCUAUCCCCUUCAAUGUCGCCCAUGUCUCCAGUGCCUCCUCUGACUCCACAGAGCCCGGUCAUGAAUCCCUUUAGUCUGGGAUUUGGUGCGGGAGUGGUAACAGGACUAAACGAUCCAUUCAUGUCUGCAAAAACGGAUUCGGCCUUCUCAUCGACCCUGACCGGCCUUGAGCAGCAGAUGCUGAGCGAUACGUCGCUCUUGUACUCGUCGACACUCUCGCGAUAGAA